AGAAUGUAGAUAUCAUGAAUAUGAGCUCCAAAAAUACACCUAACCAAUAUAUGCGAGGCAAAGACUUGCACAUCUUUACAGUCCCAAAGGUCCCAUUAAUGUACGGAAGUAGAUAAACCCUCGUCAAAUUGAAGACCUUCCUCCCCGUUGAGAAGUCUGGAUUCGAUUGAAGCUCUCUCUCUCUUGAAUUUGUUAAUUAGUGAUGUCAACAUUGGCCAUUGCCAGCUCCGUUCUCUCUCAAACUUUUCGACCUAAGCCCAUCGCCGCUGCGGUCUUAAAUUCACCGCAUUUCCCAAAUGCAAAGAACACCCCAUAUUCCCUCUCCGCAUAUUUAUCUUCAUUUGCUAUAUUUCUCUCUCUAUCUUUUCCAUUGCCAUCCUCUGCAAUCCCAUCCCUGAAUUCUCAGUCACCCUCUCUCUUUCCUUCCACUCCCUUUUCCCAAUCUCAGUUUCUACAGAUUGGUCUCGAAAAUGGCAAGAUACGCCCAUGCCCUUCUACCAACCCUGGUUGCAUAUCAACGAACCCUAAGUCCUCGCAGUUUGCUUUUCCCUGGGUGAUUCCCGAAACUGAUUCAGGAAAUGCCAUUCAGAGGCUACAGGAUGCGAUUGUGAAAACCCAGAACAACCCAAAGAUUCAGGUUAUGGAAGAUACGCCAAAUGGGCAGUAUCUGCAAGCUGAGGUGGAUGGAGGUUUCGGGCGUGAUGUGUUGGAGUUCUUGGUGAAAGGGGAUGUUGUUGCCUAUCGGUCGAUGGCCACAAAGGUUACUUAUGUCUACCCCUUUACAACAGCUUUUGGUGACUCUAGAGGUCAACAGGAAAGAAUGAAAAGGAUAAUGGACUAUUUAGGUUGGUACAUGCCCAGUUUUGAAUCUAUGGAUUGAGUGUUUAUAUCUGAUGCAAACAUCAUGCGGAUUCUUCUUGAUGAUUGUGUUUACCACAUCAAGUUCAUUUUGGACAAACCCAUGAAAGAUGGAUUUACGGCUUCAUCAGAUGCAAAAUUUGUUAUUAAAUUGGUAUGCAUUUGGUGCAAACAUUUUUACUAGAAUUGGGGAUGAAAAAUAUCAUUAAAA